GAAGUGGGAGAGGAGAACUACGAGGAGGGAAAGAAAAAGAAGAAGGAAGAUAUAGAGAAAGACAGGGAAAAAGAGAGAAGCAUAGAUUCAAAAAGUGAUAUAGAAAAAAAAGGCGGUGGAUAGAGAGAGAGUGGAGAUAUGGGCAACAGCAAGAGUGGAGCUCUGUCCAAGGACUUGUUGGAAGACCUGAAGCUGAACACUAUGUACAGCGAGGAACAACUGUGUACAUGGUACCAGACCUUCCUGAAGGAGUGUCCGAGCGGGCGCAUAAGCAGACAGCAGUUUGAGACCAUCUACGCCAGCUUCUUCCCCGACGCUGACCCCAAGGCCUACGCCUGCCAUGUCUUCAGAAGCUUCGAUUCAGACAGUGAUGGCACGCUGGACUUCAAGGAGUAUAUUGUAGCCCUGCACCUCACCUCGUCAGGAAAGACCAUCCAGAAACUGGAGUGGGCCUUCAACCUGUACGACGUGGACCGCAACGGCAGCGUCACCAAGAACGAGAUCCACGAGAUUGUUGAGUCAAUCUUCAACAUGAUUUCCAAGGAGGAUCAGAAGAACCUUCCAGAGGAUGAGAACACUCCGGAGAAGCGAACAGAUAAAAUCUGGGACUUCUUUGGAAAGAAAGAAAACGACAAGAUAACGGAAGGGGAGUUCAUCCAGGGGGUGAUGGCCAACAAGAACAUCCUCAGACUCAUCCAGUUUGACGAACCCCAGAAGGUCCAGGACAGGCUAAAGGAGAAGAAGCACUAG